UCUCCUUUUUUCUUCUAUUCCAACCUCACAUAUCAUCCUACCGCCUCCACCGCAUCUUCUUGUUUGUUUGCUCGCUGGCCAGCAUACGGCUAAGCUUCCUCCACCACAGCCGCUACACGCACGCCCUCAUUCACCACCCUCUCUACCUCACCACCACCAUCACCACCACCAUCACCACCACCAUCACCACCACCGCCGCUGACAAUGAGCUCCAGCCUCCGUCGCUCCGCCCGCGUCGCCGCCGUCAACAGCACAACCAAUACAAACACCAUCACCAUUACAUCCCGCAAUUGCAAAUCCGCACGCCCUCCAGCAGCCUCCACUACCACCACCGCCACCGCCACCGCAACCACCAGGAUCCAGCAACCCCAGCGCAAGAAGCGCAAAUUCGCAAAGGUCAUCGAGAUACCGGACAGCGAAGACGAGGACGAGGACGAUGGUAAAGAGAUUGUCGCGUCGCCUGUAGAUAUUGGGAGGAUGUUUGUGGAAGUAGAGAGGAGGGAAGGGGAAGUGGAGAAGAGGGAGAAGAGGUUGAGCGAGAAAGAGGAGGAGAUCAGGAAGAGAGAGGAGAGGGUGAGGGAGAGGGAGGUAGCGGUUAGGGAGAAGGAGGAACAGUUGAGGAAGACGGAAGAGGAGAUGGCAGCCGCGAGGGUAGCUGGGCGCAGCGCAGCGGGUGGUGGUUCCAGAAGCACGCCAUCCUAUCCUCGCAGCUUCAGUUUGGAGGCUUUGCGGGCGUGGUUGGAGGGGAGGGAGGAUGAGUAGCGUGCGGGGAUAGGGGUGGAAGGCGGUGCGGGAGGGGAGCAAGAAGGGGUAUAUAACUUGG